AGUUUUUCCAUCACCAGCUCGUCCACCAACUGUGUUUAACAACCACAUCCACCCGCCUGAUAGAGGCAUCCUUCUUCUCCCAGCCCUUCGUUUAGCUGCUAUCAACCCCGUCGACGGCCCCCCCAUCGACUCAAGAUGACGACUUCAGGCUUGCUCCAAAAAAACAUGGACAGAAGCCGUUCCGUCAGCUCCCACAACUCGACUUCAUCGUUGAACACCCUCACCACGCCCAAGUCCCGCCGGGCCCGGCUCUUGGACGAGUUGUCGGUGCCUACUCCUUCGUUUAUGGAUAAUGAUAAGUCCAUUAAGCUCAUGCUUAAACACUUUAAGCGCCUCGAACUUGGCCUCAAUAAGUUCAACUCCAAGUCCGACGGCAUCGCCACCACAAACAUCCUCCGCACGGUGCUCUUGCCGUUUUUGCGGUCAUCGUCGUUAAACUCACUUCUUGUGGGCAUUUCCACCACCAUCGGCUACAAAGUAUAUAAGAGCUUGGUAUCAAUUCUCUCAUCGAUAUUGAUCAAAUGGUGGACCUCUUUGCUCAACUCCUUGAUCAACUCGCACACGCUCUCGUCCAUCGACCGGUCAGCGUACUUGGAGUGCAUCUCCCGCAUCAUCUCGCGCCGGGAGUGGUUCCACCUCGAGGACGGACUUGUGGACGCCAUCACCGUCAAGGCCCAUGACGACAUUUUGGUGCUCACGUUGGACUACUCUAUCUGGAAGUUGGCGUCCAUUAAGCACUUACCGCUCUCCAUCUGUGCAUUUGUGGGUAAGGUGUUUGCCUAUGGAUUUUUCCGACUCGAGGGUGUGAGCAAUGCCCUCUUGUUUCUUCUCAAUAUCAAACAGCUGGUGUUUGAGGAAAACCGACGGGUGUUUCGGCGACACACCCAGGCGUCACCUGAUGAUCUCACCCAGCUCUAUGCUACUUUUCCCAAGCACUUGCAUUAUCUCGUGGGUUUUGACGGGCUCCAGAAUAAAGACUUGUCGAAGCACCAGAAGAUCUUUCUCAACUGCCUCGUGCCUCCAAAGAAAGAGGUGCCGGGUAUCAAGGACCCCAACGGUCUCUGGGUAGGCCGGUGGCUCAACAGCGACAGCGAUAUUUUCAACUCGUUUUUGCGUCACUACUUGCACAUUUUGCAUUCCACCUACUCCAUCAAUAACCCGGUGGUGUCCGAUGGGAUGUUGCUCAACUCUCCUGGGUUAAACAUCAUCAUGACCCACCUCUUUCAGAUUCUUCAGAUCUCCGUGUCUCGUAUCUCCAAGAACAACAGCAAUCUCAAGAUCAAUCAGGACUUCCAGGUGAUGCAGAAGCUCUCGAGUUCACCGGCAGCCACAUCCGCAAAGUCCAAUCUUCAGAAACAGAACGACGUGUUUUACAAUUCGGUGUUCAAGAUCUUCCGAACCCUACGGGAUUUGAAGUUCAGCUUGCAUUUGGAGUCUGCCACCUGUGACGACAAGUUCAUGAACUCGAUGAUCGGGUACGUGGAGAUGAUCCUCAAGAGCUUUGCGCUGCAGAUGACCAUCUACGAGUUCAACAAGAGCUCAUUGAUUCUCAACAUCAUCUACGAAUUUGUCAAUAGCUUAGGGGUCAUUGACUGGACGUUCUGGUUGAACUGCUGCCACUUGAUGAUUGAGAACACCGACCAUAUCCAGAUCUUGUUGAAGAACAUUUCGUUUCUAUUCAACGUUUGGGACAAAAUCCCCGAGAUUGUGCCCCAAGUGGGGGCUAACACCGGCAACAUCAAGUGGUUUUCCGACUGCAACAAGAGCUUCAAGGUAAACUUCAUCGGCUGGCUUAUCUCCAGCAAUAUCUGGGAAAAGUUCUUCUUGCAUUGGAACCCACUUGUGCGAAACUAUUAUCUCCGACUUUUGAUCUGGCAAGUGGUGGGUAUCAACAACUUUGAGUCUUCCACCUCCAUAGAAAUCUCGUUGGAGAUCCAGCACAAGUUGGACCAAUCAUACGCCACCUUCAACAAUUUUUACGCCAAGAACCAUGACAAAAACCACUACUUCAAGCCAGAUAAUCCGGUGAUCAACCGUAAAAUGGCCAUUCUUCCCAUCACCAAAGAUGAGUACUUGUUGAACGAAAUCACCAACCAAGGCGAUGACGAGGCUGGUGACUUGACCAACUUGUUCGCUCCAAGCGAAUUGAAGAAAACACAUCCGUUUGAAAUCUUUGAUGAAGCCAUUUACUCAUGUUCCAGCUUACCCAAGGAAGAGGACGAAGACACCUCCAAACGCUCCAAUUCUUUGGUGAACUCCAUCGGAAAGAUUUUCAAGAUGUUGACUGUCGAUGAUAGCGAUAUUACCAAAGAAAAGAAGCCUUCAAAGAUCCGUGAGUUUAGGUCGUCAUCCAAAUCUGGUUCCUUGACGUCAUUGUCGACAUACUCGUUGAAGUCUAGGUCUUCCAGUCCCCUGAUAAUGUCGUAUAACUCGAGUCCCACGUCGCUCACUGACUUUUCGGAGUCCUCCAGUUCCAUCACAACCGUGUCCACGGUCCCCAGUGAGCUGGCCGACCGAUUGAAGUCGUUCACUCUCCCUCCCGAGAUUGUGAGACCCGCCUACAAGUUUGAGCUUGUGCUAGAUCAAAACUCCAUCCGUGACAAGCACUUUUUAAUGGCCAAUAAGAACUAUGUUUUUAGAAACCAUGACUAUUUCAAGUUACCUCCAACUCCGACUGUUCCUUCUAUCUCCAUAUACUUACAGUCAGACAUCUACAAAAAGUUUUAUAUCAGCACUGAAAACUACUUUUUGUUGGUAGACGACAACCAAAAGCUGGUGUUUGAGAACGGACUCUUUGACAGUCUCGACAAGGGCAAGUCCAUCAACUACAUCAACUUGGGCAAGUCGUUAUUCGAAUGGAGCCAUUUGGUGGAAGAGUUUGAAUCGUACUUGAUCAACAAGGUGGAAGUGGACCAGUUCAAUGAGAAUAUCACCAGCAACCAUGAGUUGAAUGAACACGAUUACUUCCGCAAGAUUAUCCCGUUGCUCAGUCUUGACUCCAAUUCCAAGCCCUUAAAUGCUGCUUAGGGACCAGCACUAAUUCUAUCAUUUUAGUUCUAAAUUUUAAUUGUGUACAUUAAUAGAUAAUUUGGGUUUUUAGUUG